UUUACUUUGUGCUUGUCAAAGGAACGAGACAUCAGUUUUAGUUUUGUAAUAGAAUCAGAAAUGAACAAGCCAAAAAUUGUCAGACCAGAGGAAAGCCAGCCAGCACGUGCACUUUGGUUUGACAGAAAAAAAUAUGUGACUAUCAACUUCAAGGUUCAGAGACCUAAAGAUGUGCAGGUGGAUAUCCAGCCUGACAAAAUGAUUUUAUGCUGCAAAAAUGACACAGAUGAUGUUUUCUACAAUGAGCUACACUUCUAUGAGAAAGUUCAAAUACAUGACUCCAGAGAGAGGGUCUACGAUCGCACCAUCAAUGUGUUGCUGAGGAAGGUGAAGCCAGAUUAUGCAUGGCCGCGUCUUCAGAAGGAUGAAGCUCGGCCAAGUUGGAUUACUGUAGACUUUGAUAACUGGAGGGACUGGGAGAAUGAAGAAGACGAAGGAAAGGAAGAGUUUGAUAGAUAUGCGGAUAUGAUCCAGGAAAUCUCUGGUAAAAACAAAGGAGCAGCACCAGAUAUGGGGGAUCUAAGUGAUUUUGUCACCUCUGUGGUGUCCUGCUGUCCAGCUGAACUCAAACAAGAGGUCAACGGAAAGAAAGAAACUCUCAAGGGCUUCCAUGUCAAGCUCCAAGACACCAUAUUGUUUCCUGAAGGAGGCGGCCAACCAGAUGACCAUGGACUGAUCGGAGACGUCCCAGCUCUGAGGGUGACGAGACAGGGGCCUGAAGCGGUACACUUUGUGAGCUCACCUUUGGAGGUGGGUCAGCAGGUGCAGGUGAAGGUCGACUGGGAGAGGAGGUUUGAUCACAUGCAGCAACACUCAGGUCAACAUUUGAUAACAGCUUUGGCAGAUGCGUUUUUCGGAUACAAGACCACAUCCUGGGAUCUGGGCCGUCAAAGAAGCACCAUUGAGCUGGACACUCCCUGUGUGAAGCCCGCCCAGCUCCAGGCCCUGGAAGAAGCUGUAAACGAAAAGAUCAGAGCCCACGUCCCCGUCACUGUGCAGCUUCUCUCCAUAGACGACCCGGCUGUGGAAAAGGUGAGGAGUCGAGGGCUACCAGACGACCACGCGGGGCCCAUACGGAUCAUUGAUAUCGAAGGUGUCGACGCCAACAUGUGCUGCGGAACUCAUGUGUCCAACCUCAGUCACUUACAGGUAAUAAAGCUUCUUGGAACUGAGAAAGGGAAGAAAAACAAAACCAACCUGAUCUUCCUGGCAGGAAACAGGGUGUUGAAGUACACUGAGAAAAGCUACAGCACAGAGCGAUCACUGGUGUCUUUAUUGAAAACUGGGCCUGAUGAGCACGUCGAGGCAGUUGACAAGUUGCAGAAAUCUGUGAAGCUACUUCAGAAAACUAACUUAAACCUGCUGCGAGACAUGGCUGUCCUCAUCGCUCAGAACUUUAAGAGUGACCCUCAGCGAGGCAAUUUCUUCAGCUAUCACAAGAAAGAGGGGGAUAAUGAGUUCAUGGGUAUCAUUGCCAAUGAACUAAACUCUGAGGAAACGUUGGUCUUCCUGACUGUAGGAGAGGAGAAGGGACCUGGAUUAUUCCUGCUGACUGGACCCAGUGGGCCGGUGUCAGACAUGGGACCACGGGUGUUGGAGAUGCUCCAGGGGAAAGGAGCAGGAAAAAAUGGGCGUUUUCAAGGCAAAGCCAACAGCCUGGCACGGAGAGGAGAGGUGGAGGAUUUCCUGAGGCAGCACUUCAAACAUCACACCUCAGAGGAGGAAUAAACCCGCAGUGGACAAGUAAAACAACGUUAUAACUUAUCAUAAAUGUAAAUAAGUUGAACCUCUGUGAAAUAUCCUGUUUUAAUUCACUUAAAUCUUUCCUGUUGGAAGCUCA